AUGAAGCUCCUCUUCCCCAUCGUUGCCACAUUUCUGGCUGGUCGAUCACUUGCAGCGCCUGCAGAUCUAGUCGAGAACAACAGCAGACAUCCUCACCACAGUCCCAACUGGGCAGGCGCAGUCAAGCACAGCAAACAGGUCGACUACGUCGAAGGAACUGUGAAAGCACCAAUCGUUCACGCUCCCGAGGAUGGCCAAGAAUACAUGGGCGCUGCUUGGGUCGGCAUCGACGGCAGCGGGCAAGACAAAGAUUGCGGAGCCCUAUUCCAGACCGGUAUCGACUGGCGCGUUCGAGACGGACAGACAAAAUACAGUGCCUGGGCAGAAUGGUAUCCGGAGGCACCGCAGAUACUCGACAUCGAAGUUUCACAAGGCGAUGAGAUUUUUAUGAAAGUUGUCGCACAUACUAAGACCUCUGGUACCGCUUACAUUAAGAAUAACUCCAACGGACAAGAACAAUCCAAGUUCUACGACAAUUCACCGUAUCCUAUCUGCCAGAGAAGCGCGGAUUGGAUCGUCGAAGAUCCUGGCAACAUGGUCCCGUUCGCGAAAUUUGGGGCUCCUGUGGAUUUCACUGACAUGAAGAUGAUUCACGGAGACUAUUCGCGUGGUCCGAAAGGGGCGAGAAAUUAUGAGAUGAAGCAGGAUGGCGAGACUUUGCUCAAGUGUGAUAUCGAGGCCGAGAAGCGGACGGGGAAGAUGAGUUGUUAUGGAUCGAAUUGA